AAACAUAGAUGGCAGGAAAAUUUGUCUGAAGUUGAAUUUCUGUCACUUUCGCUCUUAAGGUUGACUACAAAUCAUCAAUAAUUGUGCUCUAAAUACAUUAAUAUUAAUUAAAUGGCUAAUUUUAUAUGAACUCAUUGUUUCCAAAAUGUCAGAGUGUGGGCUUCCUAUUAUAGGCCCUGACGUUGAAUUGGCUGAGGUAGCACCUCUAAAUCCUAAACGAACAUUAGCUUUUGUAAAUCAUUUUUUAAUCAAAACGGUCACAUUUAUUAACAAUUUUGCUAAUGUAUGCGAGUCCCAUUUUAUAGAGUUCGAAAGAAAGAUACAGAAACUAGAAGCAUCACUCAUAAUUUUAGAGUCAAAGUUGUCAUCCAUACCAGGGCUUGAUGAUAAUUCGAUCAAGCCCGACAUUUUGGAUAUAGAAACACAAAACAAAGAGCAUUUAGAUUUACCUGAUAUUGCUACGAAUAAUAUAUCUGUAGAUGAUAACAAAGUAGAUAUACCUGAAAUAAAAGAAAAUUGUGUCAGAGCUUGUGAUGACAUUAGGUAUAAGAGGUUUUUCAAGAUGUUGCAGUUCGGUGUUCCUGCACCGGCUGUCAAACAAAAAAUGCAAGUAGAUGGUCUAGAUCCUAAUAUUCUUGACGAUCCAAAUCAAGUAUUAUCAGAUGGUUGCAUGGAAGAAGUUGUUUCAUCAAGUGAUAGUGAUGAUUAACUUAUAUUUUUAUAUGGCUAAUUAAGUGUUUAUAUCAUAAUACUUAGAAAAUAUAUCUUUAAAUAAAAUCAUCUGCAAUUUGCCAUUUUGAUUACAGUCCUGGAUACAAUGGUUAAAUGUUAAUUAUUCUAUGAAAUUAAAGCGUACAAUCUCAAAUUUUCAUUUUAAUAUUACUAUCGUGUAAGUUUUCU